AUGGCGAGCUUCAUGGCCAACUUCUUCCCGGGGGGCAAGGACAAAUCGUCCAGCGAAGCUUCUGCUCGCCCCAGCACUCCCGUCAAGAAGGGCAACAACAACAACGCGUUUCUGAACCCGCCCAGCACUCCCCAUGGCAGCCCUAGCAAAAAAACUAUCCCGCCCGGCGCCCACGAUCUUCCAAGCGCGUUCGAAAGCGCGAUGACGCUCAACCCAUCUGGUAUCGAAGCUCCUCUGCGAUUGACUCGCCCCCAGACUGCGGUGACGCCUCUGUCGCCCGGCAAGACCAACGCACAGCCUCUGGACGAGUCCAGCAUCAAUGUUGACGAGAGCGUCAUUCACAAGACCCCCGUAUCGGUCAGUCCGUUGAAGAAGCAGGGGCAGGAAAACACACCUCCUACGUCGCGACUGGCGGGAACCGACUCUCCGCACCAGCACAACCAUGCUGCUAUAUCUCGCCAGCAACUCUAUGAGCCCCGAGAGCGCCCGGUGACUCCAGCAGCGAAAAAAUUCAAUACGUCGCGGGGCUUGACCGCCGAGGAGAGGGAGAUUCUCAACAAGCCACAGGUCAAACGGCUUGUCAACGUGACGCAGCUGUACUUCUUAGAUUACUAUUUCGAUCUCCUUACAUACGUCGGCGCGCGACAGAAUCGACUUGCUGCGUUCAAGUCCGAGUACCCGGCCCCGCCCCAGACGGACGAACACACACAUAACCAGAUGUGGACGAAGUACGCAGGACGGGAGCGAGCCAACCUCCGCAAGCGGCGCGUUCGACUCCGACAUGGCGAUUUCCAGAUUUUGACUCAGGUUGGUCAAGGCGGUUACGGCCAGGUGUUCCUUGCCCAGAAGAAAGACACUCGGGAGGUGUGUGCCCUGAAAGUCAUGAGCAAGAAGCUGCUCUUCAAACUUGAUGAGGUCCGCCAUGUUCUCACCGAGCGCGACAUCCUCACGACGGCGCAGAGCGAGUGGCUGGUCCGCCUUCUGUACUCAUUCCAGGACGACAAGAGUAUUUAUCUUGCCAUGGAAUACGUGCCAGGCGGCGAUUUCCGCACCCUGCUUAACAACACGGGUGUCCUGUCCAACCGACACGCCCGAUUCUACAUCGCCGAGAUGUUUUGUUCCGUCGAUGCGCUGCACCAGCUCGGCUACAUCCAUCGAGAUCUGAAACCCGAGAACUUUCUUGUGGACUCAACAGGCCACGUCAAGCUCACAGACUUUGGUCUCGCUGCAGGAGUCUUGGCACCGUCGAGAAUCGAAUCGAUGCGCAUCAAACUUGAGCAGGCGUCGGAGACUUCAGUACCCUUUGGCAAGCCCAUCGAGCAACGGACUGUCGCUGAGCGUCGAGAGAGUUACCGUAACAUGCGCGAAAACGACGUCAACUACGCCAAGUCGAUCGUUGGGUCGCCAGAUUACAUGGCACCCGAAGUCCUUAGGGGGGAGGAGUACGACUUUACUGUCGACUACUGGAGUCUGGGUUGCAUGCUCUUCGAGGCACUCACGGGUUUUCCGCCAUUCGCUGGUGCCACUCCAGACGAGACAUGGCGAAACCUGAAGCACUGGAGGGAAGUGCUGAAGAGACCCGUCUGGGAGGACCCUAACUACUUUUUGAGCAACCGCACCUGGAACUUCAUCACCACAUGCAUCAACUCUCGCACCCGGCGCUUUUCCAAUAUUCAGGACAUCUACAACCACCAGUACUUCGCAGAAGUCGACUGGACUACCCUGCGCCAGACCCGGGCGCCCUUCGUCCCUGAGCUGGACUCGGAGACGGAUGCCGGGUACUUUGACGACUUCAGCAACGAAGCCGACAUGGCCAAGUACAAGGAGGUCCACGACAAGCAAGCAGCUCUUGAGUCGAUGGCUGAUCGUGACGAUGAGAUGAGCAAGAGCCUCUUUGUCGGGUUCACGUUCAGACACCGCAAACCGGCUGGCGAAGAUGGUGGCAGCCCGCGCAAGAGGAUCCAGACCACGGAUUCGGAGUCGUUUGGAACGAUGCUCUAG